UGGGAAAGCGUUUCAUUUGGUUUUCAUUUGGGGGUGCAUCUGGCUGGGGCUGGAAGAACACCCUUUUCCUCUCCUCCUUUUCUUCUCCUUCUUCAUCGGCGUGCUCCUGCUUCAUCGGCGAUGGAGUUGUGCAAGGUGCGUCGAGUGUUCCCGUUAGAUCGCCGAAUUCUUCUCAAGCUCGCGGUGCUCGCCGACGGCUGCUGCUGCUCUUGCUGGGCUAGUUGAAGGAUCGUCGGACUUGAAAAAUCUUCCGCUUCUUCUUUGAUACUUGUUGCGAUCGUUUAUUUGCUGAUCUUUGGACGCCAGCUGGUGGAGUACGAGAUCUUUCUCUGAUUCGGUUCACUGAUUCAUUUGCUACGAUAAUUUUUUGAGUUCAAUGAGAUUUUUUUCUCCGAUGCGAUCUAGUCAACUGCUGUUCUUUUUCUGCGCGGCGAAUUAGGUUGCCCCGGAGCAAGUAAAACCGUCGUAUAGGUAGUCAUAAAGCUCUGACCUUGCAGGAAGAACAAACAACCAGAUGAACUGCCUCACUGUCGAGAUCGACGAGAAGUCGUCCAACCUUCUGGAGCUCGCCGCGAAUAACGACGCCGAAGCCUUCAGGCGCUCCAUCGAACACGAGCCCUUUGCGAUCGAUGAGGUUGGCCUUUGGUACGGCCGUAGGAAAGGUUCCAAUCGCAUGGUCCUAGAGCAUCGCACGCCUUUGAUGGUUGCAUCGACCUACGGAAGUGUUGAUGUGCUCAAGUUCAUCGUCUCCUUGCCUUCCGUUGAUAUCAAUCGCGGCACUGAUCCUGAUAGAACCACAGCGCUGCACUGCGCCGCCUCUGGCGGAUCCUUUGAUGCCGUUGAUGCCGUGAAGAUUCUCCUCGCUGCCGGAGCGGAUCCCACUUUGUUAGAUGCUCAUGGAAACCGCCCAGCCGAUGUCGUUGUGGUGCCUCCCAAGUUGCCUGACGCAAAGGAUGCUCUUGAACAACUUCUUGGAGGGAGCACAAAUUUCAUGGACGGGGAAGAAGAUCACCACACUCUUCCUAUUUGCGUGGCGACUGCCUCGUUGAACCCAGAAUCUUCAGCGCUUUCUUUAUCACCUGAUGACGAUGCCUCCCUAUUGUCGAACUCGAUUUCUUCUCCUUCCAUGGCCAAGUUCCCUGAGCUUCCUCGGGUUGCCAUCUCUGAGAGGAAAGAGUAUCCUAUCGAUCCGUCACUCCCAGAUAUCAAGAACAGCAUUUAUGCCACUGAUGACUUCCGGAUGUUCUCAUUCAAAAUCCGGCCAUGCUCUCGUGCUUAUUCCCAUGACUGGACCGAGUGCCCUUUUGUCCACCCAGGCGAGAAUGCACGGCGGCGUGACCCAAGGAAGUACCACUACAGCUGCGUCCCUUGCCCGGAAUUCCGGAAAGGAGCAUGCCGGAGGGGAGACAUGUGCGACUAUGCACACGGGGUCUUUGAGUGUUGGCUUCAUCCGGCCCAGUAUCGAACUAGGCCCUGCAAGGAUGGCACUAGCUGCGCCCGCCGGGUCUGUUUCUUUGCGCACACAAACGAGGAGCUACGACCACUUUAUAUGUCCACUGGCUCUGCUAUGCCCUCUCCCCGUUCAUCAUCCUCGGCUGCAAUGGAGAUGGCUGCAGCUUUGGGGCUUAUGCCUGGAUCUCCAUCUUCCGUUUCUGCUGUCAUGCCACCCUUUACUCCGCCCAUAUCACCGUCAGCAAACAACGGAAACAGCCACUCAACCCCAGGUUGGCCUCAACCUAAUGUGCCUAUCCUGAAUCUCCCCGCAAACAAUAUCCAUUCAAGUAGGUUGCGCUCGUCUCUGAGUGCAAGGGAUAUGCCAUUGGAGGACCUCCCUGAGUUUGAUGCCCAGCAGCUUCUAAACGAUGCAUGCUUCUCUCGGUUGAACUCAUUGACUGGGAACCGUUCUGUCCGAACCAAAGCACUAACUCCAUCAAACCUUGAUGAGCUUUUCUCUGCUGAGAUCGCCUCAUCUCCUAGGUUUAGCUCUGAUCAAGGUGCCAUUUUUUCACCUUCUCACAGGGCUGCCAUACUCAAUCAGUUUCAGCAGCAGCAUAGUUUGCUAUCACCCAUUAACACAAGUGUAUUCUCGCCGAGGACUGCGGAUGCCCAACAUAUGCCUGUUCAUUCUUCACUGUUACAGGCAUCACGCAAUGCGGCUUCUCCUGGUUUCAUGUCUCCACGAGGUGCAGAGCCUCUCUCUCCGAUGAGUACUCAACUUGCGAUGCUUUCACAGUGGGAGAGACAACAACAGACUUUACGCAGCCAGAGCUCACGUGAUCUCGCUCCGAUUUCUUCUCCAAUUGUUGGCUCUCCUGUUAGCUCAUCAAGGUCCAAGUGGGCAUCUCCCUCUGGUGCACCUGAUUGGGGAGUGAACGGCAAUGAUCCUGGCCGUCUCAAGGGAUUAUACUCUUCUGAGAUGCAUGGAAAUGUAGACGAGCCUGACUUGUCCUGGGUUCAUUCACUGGUAAAAGAGUCACCACCGGAGAAGUUGGUUGGCACUGAGUGUUCAAGCUCCAAUAGUACAAUCGAGGGGCAUGAUCAAGCUGCAGUACUUAGCGCAUGGCUCGAACAAAUGCAACUCGAUCAGGUGACAUCAUAAGCGCAAAAUUAUUGCUUUGUUUCUCACUUGAAUCUCUGAAGGAAGAUAGUUUGCAGCAAUUCACAAUAGACGAAAUAGUAAAUUUUCUUGUUGUUUCGAGGUGAUGCAAGGAGUAAUUUUUGAGAUUCAUUUCAUUAAAAAAACAGAUUUAUUAUUACAUUAGGUGUAGUCUGUUCAAGGAUGAAGUUCUUUUGUGCUGGGUUUUGUCAAGAUUCACCCAGGUGAACUGCUUCCCAAUAUUUUGAACUUUUUUCUUUCCUUUCCCCUUUUUUGGCUUCUUAACCUCAAUAUAUGUUGCAUGGCAAUAAAACAUGUACUCUAAUGUUUUCAUUUGGUCUGUUGUAAUAUCUCUUAGUUGAAUUUUAUUGGGUUAGUGAGCAAACUUACCUCUUGUGAUAUUCAAACACUGGGAAUUUGGAUAACAUUCUCUUUAUUAUUUCUUA